UUGACUCUAGCAAGAACCACCCAAACUUUUUCCCCCUAAUAUUAGACUUCGGUUUUUUCUUUAUUUCGCGGGAACUAAAACUCAUCGAAUUUCUUUUCUUUUGCCCCUUAAAUUAUAUGCAAAGCAAGCUCCUCACGUACCCAGAAAAAAUGGCUUUUACUCAUCGGUUCUCAUCGUUGACUGAAUUAUCUUUGCCUUUUCACCGUCACCGCUUGUUAUCUCCUCAAUUGGUUCAAACUUUCUUUUCGAAACAUAGUCUUAGAAUAAUGUCAACAAGGAUACAACCACCAAAACCCAACCUUUGUUGUUAGGGAAACAAAACCCAAGUUCAAAAUGUUGAGAUCUGUUGAAUUGGAGCAAUAUUUAACAAGCGAUGAAGAAGAAGAAAAGGGUGAAGGCUAUUUUCAGGCAAUUGAAGAAUUAGAGAGAAUGGUAAGGGAACCCUCUGAUAUUCUUGGAGAUAUGAACGACAGGUUGUCAUCAAGAGAGUUGCAGUUAGUUUUACUAUAUUUUUCUCAAGAAGGGAGAGAUUUAUGGUGUGCACUUGGGUUUGAGUGGCUUAAAAAGGAGAAUAAAGUCGAUAUCGAGACGAUGGAACUCAUGGUUUCGAUCAUGUGUAGUUGGGUAAAGAAGCUGAUUGAAGAUGAGGCUGAUGUGGGUGAUGUGGUUGAUCUCCUUGUGGACAUGGAUUGUGUGGGGUUGAAGCCUGAUUUUAGUAUGGUUGACAAAGUGAUUUCUAUGUACUGGGAAAUAGAGAAGAAGGAGGAAGCUGUUUUGUUUGUGAAGAAUGUUUUGAGCAAGGGAAUUGAAUAUGAGAAUGAAGGAGAAAAGGGAGGCCCAACUGGUUACCUUGCUUGGAAGAUGAUGGUUCAGGGCGACUACAUGGAUGCUGUUCACUUGGUCAUUGACCUCAAGGAAUCUGGAUUGAACCCUGAGAUUUACAGCUACCUUAUUGCAAUGACAGCAUUAGUGAAAGAGCUUAAUGGUUUUGCAAAAGCCUUGCGCAAGUUAAAAGCUCUUGCAAAAUCUGGUUCCGUUGCCGAACUCGAUAUCGAAAACAUGGAACUUAUCGAGAAGUAUCAAGCAGAUCUUCGCCGAUGGAUAAGAUUGUCCAACUGGGCAAUAAAAGAAGGAAACCCUUCACUCCAUGGAUCAGUUCACGAGAGGCUUCUCGCUAUGUACAUAUGCACGGGUCGAGGACUCGAAGCCGAAAGACAGCUCUGGGAAAUGAAGCUUGCGGGUAAAGAGGCAAGCGGAGACCUAUACGACAUCGUUUUAGCCAUUUGUGCUUCACAGAGGGAGACCAGUUCCAUCUCACGGUUGCUCAGUAGAAUCGAGGUUUCGAGCUGUCAACGGAGGAGGAAAACUUUUUCAUGGCUGUUGAGAGGUUACGUUAAAGGAGGGCAUAUUGUCAAUGCAGCUGAAACAGUGAUUAAAAUGCUCGACUUGAGAUUGUCUCCAGAGCAUUUAGAUGGGGUCGCUGUUUUGCAGGAACUGAGGAAAAGAAUCCAACGGCCAGGAAAUUUGGAAGCUUAUAUUAAUCUCUGCAAGCGACUGUAUGAUGCUAGCUUGAUUGGACCUUGCCUUUUAUAUCUGUAUAUAAAGAAAUACAAGCUUUGGGUUGUAAAAAUGGUUUUAAACUGAUGAACGUUAAUGAAAAUCUUGGGCAGGAU